AUGAUGGUGUUCAUCAAGCAGGGGUUCAAAGACUACAUGAACAUUUCUUUGUUGAGUUUGUCUGUGGCUGACACGAUAGCGCUCUUGUCCCAGCUAUGGACAUGUUUCUACAUGAAGGUGCUGGUGCAAGACGCGUUGAGCCAUUGGCUCGCUGUGAUAUAUUUAGCCUCCAGCUGGCCCCACGUGAUCUCCAUCCGGGUAAUUAGCUUUCUUGUAGUCUUCAUCACAUUAGAGAGGUACCUGUGUAUUUCUCUCCCUCUAAAGAUCAAGAGCAUCGUAACACACAGAAGGACUAUUGUGAUUAUUGGAUUCGUCUAUUUUUUUACGAUAUCAACUGCGAUACCAAUAUACUUUGCUUGUUAUACGGGCCCAGUAUUCGAUUAUGAUACCAAUAACACGAUCGUAGUUAUAUUGUACACAGAAGACGGUGUGGCCAUGGAGAGUGUGACCUUAAUGUUCGGUGUCACAGUUCAGCUGACGUCAUUCAUUAUGGUGGUUAUUCUGACCAUCGCGCUGGUCCAAAAGUUUGUCCAGACGACAAAAUGGCGUCUGUCUACGUCAUCAGCAACAAGGCAGGAUCACGUGACCAAACGCGACAAGUCUGCUGUGAAAAUGAUCAUCCUCAUCUCCACCAUCUAUAUCGUCUGCUACACGCCACUGUUUCUCAUGACGAUUGCCAUGGUGUGUGUCAAAGAUUUUAGCGCCACUGGCAGGUACCGAAAUUUUUUCGUUAUGAUGACGUCUGCUGCCUUCACUGCCGACAGCAUCAACUCUGCCAUUAGCAUCCUCGUCUACUUCAAGAUGAGCACCAAGUUUCGACAAACUUUUUUCACGAUUUUUUAUUUCCUAACUUCUUAA